GGGGGGGCGGGGGAGGGCGGGGGCGCGCGGAGGUAACCCCCGGCUCGUGCUGCCAUUGCCCGGCUCCCUGUCACUCAGCCCGCGCUGGGCCUGGGAUUGGCAGCCUGUCCCCGUUACGCACUCGCCUUGCGUUCACAUACCCGCGGAGGGCAGUAGAAAGGUGAUCAAUCUUCAUCAGGCUACAUUUCCAAUCACCUAAACAACCGAGCAAGACAAGCUACUCCGACAAGGUCGGCUGCCCCACGGCGUGCGCGGCGCUAGGUAGAUGGUGAGCGGCCCGGCAGCAGCGGGCAGGUAAGGAGAGAGCCGCCGACUGGCCGCCCGGGACGCUGCGAGCGCGCCAGGUCCCCAGAAACUACAGAGCUUGAAGGACUGAGCGGUGGGAGCCCCGCACUGCGCCUAGUCCCCGGCCCCCUGGAUCCUGCAGGGUGCCUCCAUCCAGCUGUUAGCAUGAUGUCUUACCUCAAACAACCCCCAUAUGGCAUGAAUGGGCUGGGCCUGGCGGGGCCCACUAUGGACCUCCUGCACCCCUCUGUGGGCUAUCCGGCCACCCCACGAAAGCAGCGGCGGGAGCGCACCACCUUCACACGCUCUCAGCUGGACGUACUUGAGGCGCUCUUCGCCAAGACUCGGUACCCUGACAUCUUCAUGCGGGAGGAAGUGGCUCUCAAAAUCAACCUACCAGAGUCCAGAGUCCAGGUGUGGUUCAAGAACCGCCGAGCGAAAUGCCGCCAGCAGCAGCAGAGCGGCAAUGGGACCAAGAGCCGUCCAGCCAAGAAGAAGUCGUCCCCGGUGCGGGAGAGUUCAGGCUCGGAAAGCAGCGGCCAAUUCACGCCACCCGCUGUGUCCAGCUCCGCCUCAUCCUCCAGCUCGGCCUCCAGCGCCUCUGCCAACCCAGCGGCCGCAGCAGCGGCCAGUCUGGGUGCGAACCCGGCGGUAGCUGUGCCGUCGUCGUUGAGCACUCCCGCUGCCUCGUCCAUCUGGAGUCCGGCCUCCAUCUCACCCGGCUCGGCACCCGCGUCGGUGUCAGUGCCCGAGCCCUUGGCUGCGCCUAGCAACGCGUCCUGCAUGCAGCGCUCGGUGGCCGCAGGCGCCGCCUCCGCUGCAGCCUCGUACCCUAUGUCCUAUGGCCAGGGUGGCAGCUACGGCCAGGGCUACCCUGCCCCUUCCUCUUCCUACUUUGGCGGUGUAGACUGCAGCUCCUAUCUAACGCCCAUGCACUCGCACCACCACCCGCACCAGCUCAGCCCCAUGGCACCCUCCUCCAUGGCGGGCCAUCACCACCACCACCCACAUGCGCAUCACCCGUUGAGCCAGUCCUCCAGCCACCACCACCACCACCACCACCACCACCACCACCAGGGCUACGGCGGCUCUGGGCUUGCCUUCAACUCGGCCGACUGCUUGGAUUACAAGGAGCCUGGCGCCGCGGCUGCUUCCUCUGCUUGGAAACUCAACUUCAACUCGCCCGACUGUCUGGACUAUAAGGAUCAAGCCUCAUGGCGAUUCCAGGUCUUGUGAGCCCAGGAGUGAGCGAAGAGGAGAAGAAACGCAACUACCUGCGCCCUCUGUGGUCCCCGUCCUGUUGCUGCUGCUGCACCACCCGCCUUUGUCUCUCGCCUUCUCCAGACCUGAAUUUUCAUAUCUCCCUAGAGAUGCCCAUUGCCAACACUGCCGCCCUCAUCUCUGUGCCACUUGCUUGGGGGUUGUGUAAACCCACUCGCCUGCCCUUUCCGUGAGGGGACCGGUGCUUUGACUUGGCCCACAAAUUCUUUAUGGGAAAGCUGUGUGUUGCCCAACUUAAACUCCUAGGUCACCCUCUUUCAACUUUUCUGGAUAGUUAUUAUGCACUUGCAGCCUUCGGAGACGCUUCACUCUGAAUUGCUGUUUGAGCCCUACACUUUAAUUUAUUCUUGCUGGACACUGGAGUCACUAACUGGCAUGUAUCUGCCCACUGGAGUGCACCCCACACUCUACCACUAAGUGUUUCUCGCUGGCAGACGGCCGGCUCUUCAGCUGCCCUUGGCCGGAUCCUUGCCUGCAGGCCAGAGCUUCUCGGCGGUUCCUCCUCCCCAGUCGGGUGCACUGGGGCAGGGCGUGCGGAUGAGCGGGCCCCUUUGCCUCUCCUGCACAACCCCGCCCCCGCGUAGAAAUGGCCCAAGCUUCCGCCUCUGCGGGAAUGCUGUACAUAGUCGGGUCCGUUCCAGGGACCACUUAAACUUUUUAGUUGCUGUUGGUUGAACUGAACAUAUUUGGUUUUAGCACCCAGGAAAUAGAACUUUAAGAUAUAUACAGCAUAUAUAAAAAUAUAUACACAUAUAUAUAAAACAAAAGCAAAAAAUAUUUUCCCUCUCCCCCCCUUCCUCCAACGAGGGCGCUUUCACUAUUUUCAGAUGUUGCAAAAGUGUCCUGCCUUCUUCCACACCUUCUUCCUCUGUGUAUUUAUUAAAGAGAACCACUUGGUUCCAGGAAAUUGGGCACGGAGCUUUGGGGAGGGUCCCAGGGUGUGGAGGAAACAGUCAAGUCAGGGUCCAGGAGAGGGGGCUAGGCUGGGUGGCGGGUGCGGGACUGAGUCCUUCACCAGGCUUCAGCACAGGGUCGAAGUUCUGACUUAAAGACCAAAAGUAAAUAAACAAGAAAAAAAAAAAAACAGCGUUAUUGGAAAGCAAAUAAACCCAGCCCCCCUGCUCCAAUUCCUCUGUCGGCUUCUCUGUUUAACAACCCUGUUUUGUCUAGUGAGUUUUUAGUGCACCUUCAUUCAAAUCUGUGGAGAACCCACACUUGUGUAUCAAUUUUGGCUUUGGCCGUUUUGUCCAGUAGGUGGGAAAGUAAUUUGUAAAUUUGAUUUGUCCGAUGUGAAGAUCACAAAUUACUCGUUGAAAUGUAAGGCAGUUCCUCUCCCCCACUCUUUAUCUGCAUUAUUUCCCGAAAAUAAAUUCAAAUUAAUGAAUG